AUCACCGCGAAUAUUGUGAAUGUUUUGGAAAUUUUGGCCUAACUUUUUUCAGUUUGCGAUGAUAAAUAUAGCUAGAAAUACGAAAGGACUCAGAUAAUCUUCCAGAUUUUGGAAAUUUCAAGCCAAGGCAUGGAAGACCAUCAUGGAAAGUGGGAUAAAUCAAGAGGAAAGCAAGGAAAGCUUAGAGAAGAGGUUCUGUCAGCAAAAGAAGAAGUCCGCCCAGAGUAUGAAGAAUAUUUGCUUCUGCUACAGCAGAGAAACAGACUUCUAAAGAAACUAAAGGAGAAGAAUGAACAAGAGAUUGAAUUGGAAAAAAAGGAGCAAGGAUUCUCUAUUUAUGUCAAUGGUGCUAAUGUAGAGCUUGGCCAAGCUUAUUCCAGAGCAAAAUCACGCAGUUCAUCAAGGCAUGCUAAGACAGCUGGAGAUGCUCAUCGUGAAAGAAAAAAAAUCUUACAACAUGAACUGGAAACAUUAGAAAGAGAAGCUGAAGCGAGGGAUGUCAGAGUGAAAACAGCUCCUGAUCCCACUCCUAGUACAAGAAAAGGCUGGAAAUAUGAUUCAAUACAAAUAAAAACAGUUGGAGGAAAGAGUGUGAGACUGAGAGCUCCAGGGAGGAUUACUGGUAAAUACAGUGAGGACUUUGAAUCUGUGGCUGUGGAAAGUAGUGACAGUGCCUCUGACCAGGAUGUUGCUGAUAAUGACCUAAGUGAUCAAGAUGAGUUAGAGUUUAACAGUGAUGAUGAAGAGGAUGAACUUACUCUCAGUUUCAAUGAUGUUGAGACACUUCGCAAGUCUCUAGAAGCUGAUGAAUCCAUAAAGGAAAGUAUUGAAGCAGCCAAAAAGAGAAUAGAGGAAGAAACAAAGGAGGAAAAUGCCAACAACAAUAACAUUAUUGAUGAUGACAAUGAGGAUGAAAUUGAAGAAGAAUUAGAAGGAGCAAAUAGUAGUUUAAAUCUCCAUGACGCAGCUGUGUUAGAAAGACUACCACAAUUGACAAGUACACCAGACAAAAGACAGCAUGAAGUUGAAAGCUCUAUAAACACUAGUAACAGCAUUUCAGAGAGUGUGGGGUUUGGGAAAACCUCAUCAGUUGACACUGACCAUGAAAAAACUAAAUCUGUGAAAAGCAAAGACUUGUCUGUGACUUCUGAUGGCAAUGAGAAAAAAACUCAUCAAAGAAGCAAAAAGCAUAAACAUGAGUCAGUGAACCCAGUUGAGGAUCUUGUUGUUCUUAGUUUUUCAUCAUCAACAGGGAAAAGAAAAGAGAGAAACUUGUCAGCAACAAGGCAGAAGAAUGCAGAUCCUUAUGACAGCACAGAACACUUUUCAUCCAGAGAUGACAGAUCCUAUACUAAACAACAAAAGAGAUCAGAAAAACAUGAAUCAGGAAAUCAAGAAGUAACCUUGACAUCAGCUUCAGAAAAGAAGAGUAGACCUUUGUCUGCAACAAGAAGAAUGGAACCUAAGGAUAAAUUGGAUGACAAUGCAGAAGAGAUUUUUAAAGCAAUGGCUGAAGAGAAUCAGACAAUAGAAUCAAAAGCAUCUGGAUCUCAGACAGCUCCAGUAAGAUCUAAGAACGUAUCCAGCUCACCAUUACAUGAGGUUAAAAGGCCAUCAUCAUUGGCUUCCUUUCCUUACAAAACUGAUGACACCAUAGCUCUUGUCACAGAGAAAGUCAGAAAAAUGGAUGCAAGGCAACAGCAAAGUUUGAUAGAGCUUCUGUCCAAACUGGAAUGCAAGGCUCCUUUUAAAGUGUCCAGUCCAUCACCUUCUCCUCGACUUUCCCCAAUGAAAGCUACUGUGCCAUUUACACCCAUGACAAAAUCUUCAUCUAUUGAGAGUCAAUCUAAGGAUUUCAGUGUAAUGGAUUCACUGGAUGAUGCUGAAAAUGAUAAAGCUGAAAGUGAAGAGGGAACAGAUGUCUAUUUUGAGAUUAUUUCAAACUGGGGAAACUCAAGUUAUGUAGGACUAACAGAGAUUCAGUUCUUUGAUUUAAAGGGGAACACGAUUCCUUAUGAUGAGCACAAUGUGAGUUUAUCAGGCCAUGUUGGAGACGGGGGUGUCCUUGGUAACUUAGCCAAUGGGAAAACAAAGACUACUAAAGGUCGGUAUAUGUGGUCAUGUGGGUUUCAAACUAAACAUCCAGUUGAAUUAGUGUUUCAUCUGCCCAGUGGUGACGCUACCAGCCUUGAAUCUCAUGGACUAUCAAAAAUCUCUGUCUGGAAUUAUAACAGAGGUAUCAAGGAACUAAAUGUCGGAGUUAAAGAUGUGAGAAUUUUCGUCGGAGGGGACCUUGUAUGGGAAGGAGUUAUUGACAAAGGGUGUGGUAAUCAGGUGUUUGAUUACUGCAAAGUUAUUAAUCUCAUCCACACAAACGAAAAAUCGGAAGGAAGCAAGGAACAGGCACAGGAUCCAGAGCCUAUAAUUCGAAGUGAAACUGUGGUAUUGAGAAGAUCUGUCGAUGGACAGAAAGAGGAGAACGAAGAGAUGAGCGCUGCUGUUGAGUGUGAUAAACGUUCUGAACAGGAUGUGAGCAGAUGCAAAACGGUGUUGUUAAAAUCGUCAGCUGAGGAAGAUCCACAAAGAAAAGAGCGUGAUAUUAAGGAUAAUAGUCUCGAGCAAUAUAAAAAUGAAAGACAUGCGAAAGAUGGCAAACAGUCUAAAGAACAUGAAAUGAUACCAAAACCCCCAGAGUCUCCCAGGAUGCACCUAAAAUCCCCAAGACCACAUCGACAGGAAAAGUCAGCAGAAGAAAGUAAGGCAGGCCAACUACAACAAGGACAAGACAGAACUAAGGAGAAAGCCCUGAGGUCUCUGUUAGCUGCCGACUUGACAUCAAGCAAUAAAAAACUUGAGGAGCAAUCUCUGGUUACUAGGUCAAGUUCCACUCCAAAUCUUUCAUCCUCAGAAGCUCUUGGGAGCUCGGAUGUGAACAGUGAUUCUCUAAGAGGAAAUUCUGUGGCUGGCUCUGUGUUACCAAACAAGCCACCAUGGUUAGAGUCGAGCAAGAAGAAAGACAAAUCUGGUUCUUCCUCCCGUUCAUCCUCAAGAUCAAAAUCCAGACCCAUAUGGCUUGAGAAUGAACCAGGUGUUGAUCCAGCAAGAAGUAACAGUUUGACAGAUGUCCGACAAGCAUCAGAUGAUCUUUUCAAGAGUGAGAAGCCUCAUUCCAGACCAUCAAGUGGACGUAGAUCCAGCACUCCUGGGGCCAGUGAUAAGUCGGAGUCAUGGCCCAGUGAAUUUCUUGGCAAGGAUGAAUGUCUUCCUACUUGUUUGGAUGGAAAGGCUGGUCAACUGGAAGGAAAAGGUCGCACUGGCUCGGGGAGAAGAAAAGAUGAGGAUAAAGGGUGUAAUGAAGUUGGAACAGAAGAGACGGGUGCACAACAUGAUGCAAAGCAAGCACGAGCCACGUGGAGAAGAGAGCAGAAUUUGAGUUUAGAGGAAUCGUGGAGUUUAUUGUCUUUGUUUGAGAAAUCACACAGAGGGCGAAUAACAAAGGAUCUUGAUCUGGAAAAUCAUGGUGAUGCUCUAGAUGAGAUGUUAUCAAAAAGAGAAGAACACAUUCAGCCAAUAACAGAACAGUCUAAGGAGAUCGAUGAGAGUGGUUUGACCGAUUUAGAGAUUCCAACACUUCCCAGAGGAAAGCAGUUAGUGAUCUACAUCAAGAACACCUGGGGAGACAGAAACUACGUAGGACUCAAUGGAAUUGAGGUGUUCACAGAUUGUGGUAAACCUGCAGAGAUUAUAGAGAUCUCGGCGGAUCCUCCAGAUAUUAACAUCCUUCCUGAGUAUGGUAAUGAUCCAAGAAUAGUGACCAAUCUCAUUGAUGGGGUUUUUCGCACCAGGGAUGAUAUGCAUCUUUGGCUGGCUCCGUUCACACCUGGAGGAAAACAUAGUAUCAGUAUUACGUUUGCUGAAAGCAUAAGGAUCGCCAUGAUAAGAAUAUGGAAUUACAACAAAUCAAGAAUUCACUCCUUCAGAGGAGUACGAUGUAUUGAUAUGACCCUGGAUGGGAGCCUGAUAUUUCGGGGAGAAAUCACACGAGCCAGUGGUGUCCUUGGAGCUAAUUAUGCCUUUGGCGACACAAUUAUGUUCACGAUGGAUGAAGACAUACUAGAAGCCAUGGCUCAGUAUGACCAGACGUAUGAGGGAGACGAGGAGGACGAAGACGAAUUACUAAGGAGCUGUUACUUUGAACGGCCGUCCACUGCUGAUCAGGCAGAGGAAGAGACAAGUGGAGAUCGACCGCUUACAUCGGCCAAACAGCAUAUAAAGAAAUCAGAACCCGCUUCAGAACUUAUUUCUGGAGGAGAUAUAACAGACAGUUCUGCUGACUUCUUAGAGGGUCAAGUUCUUCAGUUCAGUUUUGUCUCGACGUGGGGAGAUCCGUACUACAUGGGACUCACUGGAAUCGAACUUCUGGGGCCUAAUCAAGAAUCCAUUCCUCUUUCAUACAGCAUGUUGAAGGCGUCUCCAAGAGAUCUUAAUGACCUUCCUGAAUAUGAAGAUGACGAUAGAACUCUUGAUAAAUUGAUAAAUGGAACAAACGUGACAAUGAGUGAUGAACACAUGUGGCUGAUACCAUUCACUGAUGGGCAAGAUCAUCUUCUGACAAUAGACCUGGGACACACCACCCCUUUGGUGGGAUUCAGAGUUUGGAACUACAACAAAUCCACAGAUGAUUCCUUCAGAGGGGCCAAACAAGUUCACGUUAAGCUCGAUGAUAGGAAUAUUUCACCACCUGAGGGAUUUCUCUUGAGAAAAGGGCCGGGUAACAUGCAUUUCGAUCAUGGGCAGGAUGUUUUCUUUAUUAAAAUGACAAGAGGAUAUGCAGUGCAUGGUACUUCGACCAAGGACGUGGAACGCAGAUCUGAAAGCAGGGUGAAUUUGAAAAAGCUUAUGCCAGACUAUGAACCAACGUUGAUGCCUUGUGGCUUCGUAUUUCAGUUUCAACUGUUUUCCACCUGGGGUGAUCCUUACUACGUCGGUCUUAACGGCCUUGAAUUUUACGAUGAAAAUGGCUACAGACUACGCCUUACGGAAAACAACAUAACCGCGCAUCCUCACAGUGUGAACGUUUUACCAGGAGUGGUAGAUGAUAUAAGAACUCCUGACAAGUUGAUAGACGGUGUGAAUGACACUUACGAUGGACGGCACAUGUGGUUGGCUCCCAUCUUACCGGGAUUGAUCAAUUUGAUUUAUGUGGUGUUUGAUGAGCCCGUAACAGUUUCCAUGGUAAAAGUUUGGAAUUACAGCAAAACGCCGAUCCGAGGAGUUCAGCAGUUUGGGCUGCUAGUGGAUGACUUAUUAGUGUAUCAUGGUAUCCUACCACAAGUCCCGGCUGUAACCAAAGGAAUUCUCCCCAACAUAGACAUGCCUACUCCACACCACACGAUACUGUUCACUGAUCAAGAACAGAUCGCUCUUGCGGAACGCAAAAAUGUUCUCAGCAACAAAGGAGGUGAACAAGAUGUCCAGCUGACAAAUGAUAAAAGAAUUGUGUCUCACUAUAGUGAUCCAAAGUCAGCCGGCAAAGUCGCCGAUCCUGCUCUGCGACCUAUGACAAGUGUUCCAGCUCUACCAAAGAAAAGAUAGACACCGCUACAUGUUUCCAUUCGUGACAACAGUAGCUUGAAUUCGUGACAAACCUCCUGUCACGCUACCACCAGGCCAGAAAUACGCAGGAAGUCGAGCAUUAGAUUUUCGCGAUCACUUUUAAAAAUGGAGUUAGCAAAGCGCGCCGAAUGUCUGUUAGAUCCCGCAUGAUCCUCGGUUUUGUCCUUAUAACACAGGGCGUAUCUUUGAAAGACUUAUGGUUAAUCGUCAUACUCUUCAUCGUUGGGUAACCACUACAACUGUGUGCAAUUGAGAUCACUUGAUAGACCUUUCACAGACAUUAUAGCUUGCAACACCUUCAAAGGGAAUUGUACCCGCGCAAUUACCUGCAUGCACUAUAAGUGCCUUUUUUCUUGAACGAACUUGCUUUCACUUCCAGUCUUUGGAUAAGAAUCUCCCAGAAAGAGAUAGUUGAAAUAAGUUAUUUCUGAAAUUAAUAUAUACAUACCUUAUUUGCAUAGCAAUGGUUGCUCUUAAUAACCAUCGUCGAGAAGAUGAAUUAUCAAAGUGCCGUAACUUUUAAAUGUACUUGUGAACGGAAAUUGAAUUCAGACAAUUUGAUUUAAUAAAGGUACUCGGUAAGACCUCGUUAACGUCCAACUCUAACCCUUUCGAGUGUUGGAGUAGUCGCUCAACUAAGCGGUGAGGGCGAUUUGACGUCAAAGCAAGGAUAAAAAAAUAACUGCUCUUUCUCUUGCGU